AGACUCUGUUUCCGGGUUUCCGUUUCCUGUCCCGUUGGCUUCGCAGGUGUUGUUGUUAGUGCUGCGGCCAUGGUGUUAAACCCGGUCUUUGGGAAGCUAGUCAACAAGAGGGUGGUGCUGGCCAGCGCCUCUCCGCGCAGGCAGGAGAUUCUCACUAAUGUGGGCCUCCGAUUUGAAGUUGUUCCAUCCUGGUUCAAAGAGACACUUGAGAAGUCAUCUUUUGAUGCUCCUUACAAAUAUGCUGUUGAAACUGCAAAACAAAAAGCACUUGAAGUGGCAAAAAGAAUGCAUCUAAAGCAUCUUAGAACGCCAGAUGUCGUUAUAGGAGCAGACACUAUAGUGACCAUAGAAAAGCAGAUCUUGGAGAAACCAGUGGACAAGCAAGAUGCAUAUAAGAUGCUUUCAAGGCUAAGUGGCAAGGAGCACAGUGUCUUCACAGGAGUUGCAAUUGUUCAUUGCAACAGUAAAGAUAAUCAGCUAGAGACUGAAGUCACAGAUUUCUAUGAAGAAACUAAAGUGAAAUUUGCUGAACUUUCAGAAGAACUCUUAUGGGAGUAUAUUCACAGUGGAGAGCCUAUGGACAAAGCUGGUGGAUAUGGGAUACAGGCUCUAGGUGGAAUGUUAGUGGAAUAUGUCCAUGGUGACUUCUUGAAUGUAGUGGGAUUUCCCCUGAAUCACUUCUGCAAAAAGUUAGCAGAACUAUAUUACCCACCCCCAAAGCACACCAUCCAUCAUAUAAAGCAUGACUCUAUCCCUUCAGUAGAGACUUUUGAGAUCCUCAGUGAUACAGAAUGUGACUCUUCAGAUAACACACAUUGUAAAGAUUCUAAGAAACUGAUCAGCACUGCAGUUGGUCACAGUCCAGGAAAAUGUGAAAGUAGCACCAGUCUCUAUAAUGUGCCUGUGGAAAAUCAGAAUGGAGUAAUAGAAAAUGCAACACAAUUCCCAUCUAAACUCAUGGAACUUCUGGAUGGUUUUAGAGCAUCAAAGGCUUUGUUUGUGGCCUGUAAGCUAAAGGUAUUUGAUGUUCUCAAAGACAAGGGUGCCAUGACCGCAGUGGAAGUUGCAGAUCAACUUAAUGCCUCUGUUUGUGGCACAGAAAGAUUACUUGAUGCCUGUACUGCUCUUGACCUAUUGGAAAAAAACCACCAAGGUUACAGCAAUGCAGAUUUGGCAAACUUAUAUCUUAUAUCAGAUGGUGAAUAUUCACUUCAUGACUAUGUUCUCCACUGUAAUGACCACAUAUGGCCUUUGUACACACACUUGGAGGUAGCAGUCAAAGAAGGGACUUCAUUGAACUGUCGCAUGACUGGAAAUAAAGCAGGAGAUUUGUUUCAGGAUUUCUAUUGCCAAAGUGCAGAAGUGAAGCAGCAUUUUAUGAGUGCCAUGCACAGCAUUGCCAAAGUGACAGCAAGAGAUGUAGCCACAGCUUUUGAUCUUUCCCCGUUCAGAAAUGUAUGCGAUUUGGGAGGAUGCACUGGAGCUCUUGCUUAUGAGCUAGUCCUUCUCUACCCAGACAUGAAAGUCACUAUAUUUGACCUUCCAGAUAUCAUUGCAAGUGUUGCCAGCUUUCAGCCAAGCCAAAACACAACUCGAGUAUCACUCCAAUCAGGAGACUUUUUCAAAAAUAAUAUUCCAGAAGCAGAUCUUUAUAUUCUUUCACGGGUUCUACAUGACUGCUCUGAGGAAAAGAUUAAUACAUUGUUAAGCAAAAUAUCUGCUGUUUGCAAACCAGGAAGUGCUUUGCUAGUAGCAGAAAUUGUGCUCAAUGAAAAGCGAACAAGCCCUGCAAGAGCUGUUCUACAGGCUCUCAGUAUGACUGAAGGCAAGCAGAGAAGUGAUAUGGAGUACAAACAGCUGUUGGAGAAAUAUGGAUUCACCAGUGUGCAGACUAAGAUCACAGGAAACCUAUUAGAUGUAAUUUUGUGUAUCAAGAAAAUGUCUACCCAUUAAAUUGAAUGGUGAAUAAUUGAAGCAAGUAACAUAAUUUAGUGCCACUCAUCAGCCAAAAUUAGUUGGGUUUUUCUGUUUUUAGGGCAAUUAUUUUGUUACAGUACGAAUUGUGUGUAAAACCUUAUCUUACUUGAUUAAAACACCAAGAAAACCA